AACGGAAGUCAGUGUUUCGCAGUCCAGAGAUCUUGCAGCUGGUCGCUCCAGCUUCCUGGCACUUGUCUCUCCUUACCCGCCGAGCUUUCGGAAGGGUGGUCGGAAUGCCGCUCGGCGGCUUUCUACGAGGAGCUUAACCCGCCUCGCCUGCCGCCCGGAUGGGACCGCCGGAGUGCUUCUCCAGUGAAGACUGAACUGCCGAGGGAUUUGGGAAAAGACCAGCUGAAGUCCCCAUUCCAUGGAUCCCUUGGGGGCACCUUCCCAGUUUGUGGAUGUGGAUACACUGCCAAGCUGGGGAGACUCCUGCGAAGAUGAAUUAAGCGCUUCUGACACUGCAGCCGACACAGACACUAUUCGAUCGCCUUUUCUGUACAACAGGAACAUCAACGGGAAAGUGGUCCUUUGGAAAGGAGACGUGGCGUUGCUGAACUGCACAGCCAUUGUGAACACCAGCAAUGAAAACCUUACAGAUAAGAAUCCUGUGUCAGAAAGCAUCUUCAUGCUUGCAGGGCCUGAUUUGAAGGAGGAACUCCAGAAACUUAAAGGUUGCCGGACAGGUGAAGCCAAAUUGACGAAAGGAUUUCACUUGGCCGCCCGGUUCAUCAUUCACACGGUGGGGCCCAAGUACAAGAGCCGCUACCGCACCGCAGCGGAGAGUUCCCUGUACAGCUGCUACAGGAACGUCCUGCAGCUGGCAAAAGAGCAGUCGAUGUCUUCUGUUGGGUUCUGUGUCGUCAACUCCGCCAAACGAGGUUAUCCUUUAGAGGACGCGACGCACAUAGCACUUCGCACUGUGAGGAGAUUCCUAGAGAUUCAUGGGGAGACUAUUGAAAAAGUAGUAUUUGCUGUCUCUGAACUGGAAGAGGCCACUUACCAAAAGCUGCUACCUCUGUACUUCCCAAGGUCGUUGAAGGAGGAGAGGCGGUCACUGCUGUACCUACCUGCAGAUAUCGGGAACGCGGAAGGGGAGCUGGUGCCUGAGCGGCAGAUUCGGAUCAGUGAGAAGCCCGGGGCCCCGGAGGACGACCAAGAGGAGGAGGAUGAAGGCUUGGGAGUGGAUCUCUCCUUCAUUGGCUCUCACGCUUUCGCGCGAAUGGAAGGAGAUAUCGAUAAGCAAAGAAGACUGAUCCUCCAGGGACAGCUGUCGGAGGCAGCCCUGCAGAAACAGCAUCAGAGAAAUUACAAUCGCUGGUUAUGCCAAGCAAGGUCUGAGGACCUGUCUGAUAUUGCGUCUCUGAAAGCCUUAUACCAAACAGGUGUCGACAACUGCGGGCGCACGGUGAUGGUGGUGGUUGGGAGAAACAUCCCGGUGACACUGAUAGAUAUGGACAAGGCUCUCUUAUAUUUCAUCCAUGUGAUGGAUCACAUUGUUGUGAAGGAAUACGUGUUAGUGUAUUUCCACACGCUGACCAGCGAGUACAAUCACCUGGACUCCGACUUCCUGAAGAAGCUCUGUGAUGUCGUUGAUGUCAAGUACAAGAGGAAUUUGAAGGCUGUUUAUUUUGUUCACCCGACAUUUCGUUCAAAGGUAUCGACAUGGUUUUUUACCACCUUUUCUGUCUCAGGACUGAAGGACAAAAUCCACCACGUGGACAGCCUCCACCAGCUGUUUUCUGCCAUCUCACCUGAACAAAUUGACUUUCCUCCUUUUGUCCUUGAAUACGAUGCCAGGGAAAACGGGCCUUACUAUACGUCGUAUCCCCCAUCACCGGAUUUGUGACCGGCCACCUCUCAGUGCUGCUGGUUCCCGAGGACAUCACUGUCUCCCGGACCUCUGCCUGCUGAAGUGAUGCUCAUUUCUGCUGGACACGCCCAGAGAGCCUUUUGUCCCCACCUCUCUGGUAUUUUUUUAUUGACCGUAUAUUUUCUGGCACACAAGCAAUCUGAAGACGGUAGACCAUUCUGAAUUGCACACUUAUUUUCAAUUUGUAUAUUUGUAUCAAAUGAAGACGCUCAUUUUUAGAUGGUGGUUAAUAGAGAUUGGGGGGCAGCUUUUGAGUCUCUCCGGUUUCCUGUGAGGACCCUGGGUUCCCCGUUAGACACACCACCAGUCCUGUUCCUGUCGUCUCUCGCCGCUGCACGCUGCCCCUGUGCACUUAAGUCUGUCUCCAAAUACAUAGAACCCGUGAACACCGACUGGGUGCAUUGUCGCUUCCGAUCCUGGCGUCGUGUUUCAUACAGGUAAUGUGGCUGUGAUCAGAGAGCAGUGUCGGGGACCAAGGAUGUGGAAAUGUAUCUUAUCAGAGGCAUCAAAAUCAUGAGCAAAAUAUAGGUCUUAGAAUUUCACUGUACCAUUAAGACAGAGUUUUAAGAACUGAAGUUCCUUGGAGCAUAUGAUUGUCAAGAUUAUUCUGGUCUCAGCAGUGGGAGAAACAGGAAGACAGUGGGCAUCUCCAGCCUCUUGGCUGCACUCGUGGGGGAUGUGCUCUCCUCACUCGAAAGGACUGUGUGUGUGAGCGCUCCGAGUGUGGGCAUCUCCUGCCACUCGAUCGGGGGGCCUCUGGCGAGUGAACCCCCCGCCCCCGGAGCCCUGGACGGCCCUGUUGGGCUGCAGAGCCGCCCCCUUGACGGACGCGUCCUGCUUGCCUGCGCCAGUGUGAAGAACAUGCUAGACCCCUUGUGUCCUUCGGGCUCUGUUUGUGCCUCGGCUGGUGUGCAAAUAAAACUUAGGAUCACGCCCCUGCCUCACCGAAGUGCCAGGAGGAUAGUGUUUAGAAAGGGCGUGCAGUGUCUGGGUGAGGAGGCCGGGGAGUUUCUGCAGUGGGCUGUCUCCGGUCAGCCUUCUCCGUGAUAGCAGCUGUGCCUGAGGGAGUGCUCCGAGCCCCUCCUCCUGUCCUUGGCACCUUUGGAGUGACUUUUUCCCCUUGGGACAAGAGUUCGAGGGAAAUCUCAACCUUGGGGACCUCCUCCCCGCUUUGUCCAGAAUUCCUUUUGGCCUCCUCCUCCCCCAGCGCUACACUUUAACAAGAGGCAUCUGUUCACCGUUGCAAGCUUUUCUUGAAUUAAGGUCAAACCAUUAUCAUUUCCAUCUGGGUGUCUUCAUGUUCCUUUUCAUUCUAUACCCCGGCAUCUCCUUCACUGCAGCGUGUGCCCUGGCAUUUUGGAGAAGGAAAGGUAGAAGUCUUCUGUUCAGCGCGCUCAGGAUUGCUGCUUCCAAGGCUCCUGUUCCCUGUGCCCACAUUGCUGCUUCAGUGGAAGUAAAAGAAACACACCCCUCCUCACUUACGAUAGAGAAAUCCCCUACAGUUGCGUUAACUGC